AUGGCCGCCAUCGCCAGACAGCCUUUUGCUCCCCUCGACGGUGCCCGCCUACAGGGCCUGUCCAGCACCAAGAACCGCCAGAAUGCGGCUCCUACCUCUGUCGGCAAGCGCAAGGCCGACUUGCUCAACACCAGCGACUGGGAAAACGUCGACCCAGUCGUCUUCAUCAAGCGCGCCAAGGGCGCCCCCUGCGAGAGCAUCGCGAAGCCUUCGAGCUUUGCUCUGAAGACGGCCUUUUCACCCGCCGCCUCCUCACCCGCCCUCCCCGACAUACUCUCUCUGUCGAGCCUGACCAAGGGCUCGGCCAACCGCCGCACGUUGCAACCCAAGUCGCAGCUCGCAAAGCUGGGUCCGGUGGCUCCCAAGUCAUCCCCCGUCGCUACCCCCGCGGGUAGAUCCCCUCCUCCCUCCGGAAAGCGCAGCGGCCUGCUUUCCACCCGUCGUCGCCCCGCCGGCCCUCUGUCCCGCAUGGACCCCCCUUCCUUCUCCGUGGCCGGCUCCGCCAAGUCGAAGCCAUGGUCCGUCGACGGUGCUCUGAAGAGCACCAUCAAGCCCGCCACCCGGCACGGCAAGAGCAAGAGCCGUCCGAGCCGCGGCUUGGACGUGAUCGGCUCAAAGGCAGCGUGGCACUUUGACAUCCACGAGGACACCCCGGAGCAGGAGAUGACGAACCUGCUCCAGCAUAGCACCUGUGUGCUCGACAUCUCCUCGGACGAGGAGACGUCGGCCAAGAAGGAGCGCGAGUCUGCAGACGGCUGCAACAAGGAGAACAUCCCCCCUCCUGGUCAUGUCGGCCCCAAGCCGAGGCCUUCCCGCGCUGCGCCCCCCUGCGCCACAGCCAUGGACUCGGAUCGAGACCCGCUGGGCGCCCUGAACACCCGCGACUUUUACGCCGAGGGCUGUGAUGAGAAUUCCGUGUUCCUCGUCGACGAGGACGAGGAGACCGAGGUCGAGGACAACUCGGCCUUUGCCGGCUUCGUGUUUGCGCCGAAGCUGAAGCCGGCUGCUGCCCUGGAUGUCGAGCCCAAGAAGCUCGACGAGCUGGUGGAGAAGCCCACCGAGGGCUCAGGCAAAGCCGCUGUCCUGGAGCCCAUCGAGGGCACCGAAGAGAGCUUCGAGCUCUGGGAGAGCGGCAGCGCAAAGGACGAGGAUGAGGGCGAGGCCAAGGCCACUGCUUGA